UCGACCUUCCAACUCGCGCGUGAAAUUCUCUGUCCAGCUCGAGAACAUUUGCGCGACACCUUGAAUUCCAAGUAAUCUACUUCACACGCAGCAAAUAUGUCUGACGACGAUUUCAUGCAAGAUUCCGACCAGGAGGGAUAUGAUUUCGAGUAUGAAGAAGAUGACGAGGAGGAGGGUGGCGAUGUCGAUAUUGAGAACAAAUACUACAACGCAAAGCAACUGAAAACCACCGACCCUGAAGGUGCCAUCGAAGAAUUCCUUGGAGUGCCAGCGCUGGAGCAAGAGAAAGGCGACUGGGGGUUCAAAGGUCUGAAGCAAGCAAUCAAGCUAGAAUUCAAGCUAGGAUUGUAUGACAAGGCCGUCGAACAUUACACUGAGCUACUCACCUAUGUCAAGAGCGCCGUCACUAGAAACUAUUCUGAGAAGUCUAUCAAUAAUAUUCUGGACUACAUAGAGAAGGGAUCUGAAGGUGAGGCAGCUGGUCGGUGUAUGGAGGAGUUCUACUCGCAAACCUUGCAAUCUUUCCAGAGUACAAACAACGAGCGUCUGUGGCUCAAAACCAACAUCAAGCUAGCGAAGCUCUACCUAGACCGGAAGGACUAUGCGACCGUUACAAAGAAGCUGCGCGAGUUGCAUAAGGCAUGCGAGAGAGAAGAUGGUACAGAUGAUCCAAGUAAAGGCACAUAUUCUUUGGAGAUUUAUGCCCAUGAGAUCCAGAUGUAUGCCGAGACGAAGAACAACAAACAACUGAAGAGACUCUACGAGCGCGCAUUGAAGGUCAAAUCCGCGGUGCCCCACCCAAAGAUCAUGGGAAUCAUUCGGGAGUGUGGCGGAAAGAUGCAUAUGAGCGAGGAGAAUUGGAAGGAUGCACAGAGCGACUUCUUCGAAUCCUUCCGAAAUUAUGACGAAGCUGGUUCACUGCAAAGAAUCCAGGUCCUCAAGUACUUGGUGCUCACGACGAUGCUUAUGAAGUCCGACAUCAAUCCCUUCGAAUCGCAAGAAACGAAGCCCUACAAGAAUGAUCCUCGAAUUGCCGCAAUGACCGACCUUGUUGAUGCAUAUCAACGUGAUGAUAUUCACCAGUAUGAGUCUGUCCUAAACAACAACCGAGACCUCCUAUCCGAUCCGUUCAUCGCCGAGAAUAUCGAUGAGGUUACUAGAAAUAUGCGUACCAAGGCGGUUCUGAAGCUUAUCGCACCUUACACCCGAUUCAACCUCGCCUUCAUCGGAAAGGCGCUCAAGAUCCCAGUUACUGAAGUCCAGGACAUUCUAGGUUUCCUAAUUGUCGACAAGAAGGUCAAAGGAAAUAUCAAUCAGCAAGAUGGAACGGUUGAGAUCGAGGACAACAGUGACGCUGAGCGAUUACGUGCAAUGACAGAAUGGACCUCUGCAAUCGAUACUCUUUAUCGGACCGUUUUCUCCGACGGCGAAGGAUUCAAGAUGCCCGAUGUGCAGCAGACGAGCGACGACGCUCUUGCGCACACUUUUGGAUUCUCAAAUGUCGGCUCAAAACUUUCCUGGGGACCGCAAGCCAAGCAAAAAGGUGGUGCUAGUGGACCGUCGUCAUUCUUGAUUUCCCCUCUUGACGACGAUCUCUUUGGUUACACAGCAUGAAGCCCUAGUCGAAAAGGAGUGAUACGCAUAAGGAAUUCCGGCUUCCGGUGGUAACACGCACAACGAAAUGAUAACGAUUUUCAACGAAGACGAACUGAACUCGGGAUGCUUGCAGAUUGUUAUGGCGUAUUGGGCAGGUAUCUAAGCACAGCGAUUGAUUCAUUCAGAAAAAUGUAAUUUACAGCACGUUGGUAGACAGGCAAGCGAAGACGAGCCAGACAGCGAUAUCGCUCGCGUACGUGCAUGGCAUGGCAUGGGUAGGGCAUUACAUACAUGCAAGAAUGCAUCGGAGCAGGAGUUCAACCUUGGAUCUUCCAUUGGACGUGUUUCAGGUUGCGUGCAUAUCGUAUGUUUCCCUGCAUGACAUUAUUUGCUCGUUUGAUUGGAAUGACAUGCCUUUUCCAGACGGUAUCUGAUCCGGUUGACUGUGAACGGGUAGGUUGUGGAUAUGAAAGUGAUGUGCUUCCCCUGUUUUCCUGCUUUUGCAACCUUGUUUGCAGCCAUGUGGAUCUGCUGUUGGUCUACAGUAUGAGUGGGUGUACGUCGGAGGAUACAUGACUGACUUCUCCCGUCCAGUGUGUGUGCCUGCCUAGACGUGCUGUACUGUAAAUCCCCUCGUCGUAAGAAAGGAAAAUUGAUGGCUUGCAUGUUUUUGUCACAUUUUCCAAGAUUUCCGGACCUACGGUCCUGCCUACUUUCAGGGUCUUCUUUUCUUGCUUGGCUUAAUGAAUGGCACCAGAUCUCUCUGCCUCUCUCUAGUAUCUGCCGCGCUAUGAAAUAGAGACCAGAGUUAGGUCAACACUGUGGUUUGUUCAUCUUUCUCUCGAUCCCACUCCCUACUGUAGCCUGCCGAGCCUGCCUGGAUCUUAACAACCGAAAAAUUUAUUUAAUAAUAUACCCUUCACAUCCCGCUCUCGCCCGCUGCUCGUCAACAUCGCCACCCUGAAUCUUCAUACCUAACCGUGGAGCCGUUACGGCCGAGAUAUAGAUACAUAUGCGCCACUACUGUACAACACCAUCCGGGGAACCCAUUCCGCCGCAAAGAUCGUCAUCUAGAGUCCCCCGUACCGUGCCUGCUUUGGACGGGGAAUCCAUGAAACGUGGUCAGGCAGGUAGAGGGAAGGAAUCAAGCUUCGGCUCUGGGAUUGUUCCUUGUUAUUCCUUUGUGACGGUAGGUAAUAUGGUAUGAUUUAGAGCUGGGAGGUCUUGUCGAAGUUGAAGAUAGAGUUUGAUUGUAAUUUUUUGAAUCUGGUUUUGAGACCUUGAUACCUUAGUCUGAAAUAAUUUAUUUACCCCUAAGUCUUGAACCUUUGUCUAUUGCAAUUGAGAAGUUAUCCCAACACCUAUCCACUAUUAAAUCCACACAGGCGAGGGAUCCCUCCUCCCGGUGUGCACCCCCGCGCGCGCGCGCCCGGACGCGGGCGGGCACUCCCUUCCUCAUCCCUGCUACCUUGUCAAUACAGUAGCACAUUUCCAAGUGGCUUCGCUUGCACAUCCCAUUCGGAGCGCUCCUUACCCCCUUGACCUUGACAAUAAUCCUACUCUCUGAAUCAGGCGAGCUGUGAGUGGUCGGGGAUGUCGGGGAGAGAAGCCUGGAUCCGCUGGGACUGGAGACUGGAGGUUGGAGGCUGGGACGGGAGAGGGAUGCUUGGUUUGGUUGGAAAAGGUGCUGGUAAUGGGAUCUCAUCUUGCUUUAAGUUGGUGGUGCGUCAGGUGCUGCCUGGUGGGGAGGGUGAUGUGUUGUGCUACAGUACGGUAGGUAUGAUAUGAUAUGAUAUCGGAUGUGGAGAUAGUCGGGUUCGGGGAUCGGGGAAGGAGUUGAGAAGGCGUAGAAGGCUGAGGCGUGGCUUUGAGAUGAGAUGUAGAAGCAGCCAGGACUUGCAAUUCAUGUUAAAUG